AUGACGCCCAAGCGAGUGAGGACUGUCGAGGGCUCAUGCUGGGCCUGCAAGGAUCGCCGCGUCAUAUGCGACUUGCAGCGUCCGCAGUGUUCGCGCUGUGUCUCUGAAGACCAGCCAUGCGAAUAUGGAAAGCUGCGCUUGCGAUGGUGCAACGGAGUAGCUGCUCGGGGCCGUCUUGCCGGUCAGAAAAUGCCGGUUUCGAGCAGUAUUUCUGAACCGCAGCAGCAGCAAAUACAGCGUACGGAAUAUCGAGGACCAUUGUUAAAUGGUCAGACGGUGUCGCCAUCUCCGACAAAAGACGAGGAAACCUUAGAUGGCCGAGACGGAGAAUCAGACCAGUCGUUAUUAUUGUCGUCAUCAGGGAAUCAACGUACUUUGAGCAUGUUGGGAGUAUCGUCGCUCAUGACAGCCGAGCACUUGAUGCUCUAUUUCGAGCGUAUCGUCGUGGACCGCUUCAAUCUAUCCUCAAAGCCGGUGCUGAUAGACCUUGCAUCGGUAUAUAAGUAUCCUGCUCUCCGCUAUUCGGUCACUGCAGUCGCCAAUGCUCAUCAACAACUCUCUCAUUGUUCCGGUCGUCGUGAUGCAUUCCUAUCCAAGCGAACCACGCGUCUGAAAGCAAUCCACAACUUUCGUAUGCAGCUUCAGAGCCCUUACCAGCAGUUGCUGGCUCAGCGGCGCUUCGUUCCUCUAGACCUGUUUAUUGUCAACGUUCUUCUGUGCAUCCUCGACGGCGUAAUUGAUCCCCACGACGAAAGCGCCGCUACCCACGUUCAUUAUCGUGGUGGCCGAGCCAUUCUGGGUCAAUGGAAACUCCUUCAACACCAGCUGCAGCGGCAGAAACGGGGGCUGCCGGCCCUAAUAGUGUCUUGUUUCGCGACAAUGGAUCUGACCUAUUCGCUUCUGACCGGCGAGGAGCAGUACUUCCAACAUACUGCCUGGGCUCAUUUUGCCGGCAGCGAUGCUUGGUGGGGUCUUCUUCCAGAUGGGGACCCAUUCUUAGAUAUCAUGCGCAUCCUAUCUCGUCUAGCCCAGUUGGGUCAUCUUGCACGCGAGACGACGCCAGAAACAGGAGCAGCGGCAGCAAGCUUUGUCGGGAGCGAAGAGCUAGAAUCCCUGUCCAUGGCUUUACAGGGUUAUUCAUCUGCGAUGGACCGUCAGCAACAAUUAGCCUUGAUGCAGGAUGAAGGAUUCCCUUUCAUCAUCACUUCCAGCGACUCCCCACUGUCCAUCGAUCUUUUGUCGCCCAUGUACUCAACUGACUCCGCCUUCGACAACGCCCAGUCCUGGACUAUAUUCUGCAACGCCUACCGGCUAGCCGGCCUGAUAUACGUGUACCGAGUAUUCCGCCAUUUCGACGCGACUCACCAAAUAGUCCAACAAGCGACAAAUCUCGGACUCCGCGCGAUCUGUGAGUCGCGACUCAAGGGCAAACUGGCGCACUGUCUGCUCUUCCCUGCACUCGUGAUUGGAGCCCAUUGUCGGACGAAGACGCAACAAACGGCGGUUCUGGGAGCGAUGCGCUCCACAGCGGCAUUUUUGCAGUUUGGCUCUAUGCGUGUGAUGGAGAAUUUCCUGCAGGGGGUGUGGGCGCGACAUUCAUUGAGCGAGACGGAGGUUAAAUCUGAAUCUGAAUCUGAAUCUGAAUCUGAAUCUUGGUGGGAGUGUUUUGAACCUAUAUCGAAGAAGACAUUCCUUUUCUAG